ACUGCUUCCUAUAACAUUCCUUCUCUCUCACUCUCUGACGUUGCUAAUCCACGCCGAUCAAACCGAGUGUACAUGAACUCCAUGCCAAUGCCAAUUAUUAGCAUUGUCUGCUUUCUCAUCUUGAGAGCUGCUAUAGCAGCUCAAUCUAACUACAAAUGCGGCUGCGGUCCUCACUUUGUCAACCCCACCAGUCCCGGCUAUACAGUCUAUCAACUGCUGCAUAAUAAAGUCACUCUAGUUCUCAAUCCUGAGCUACAAUUCGAACGCCAGAGCGCAGGCUUCGAAGUAGGCUCGUCCGGACUGAGCAGAAGUGACAUCAAUAAUCUCAUCAAUAACAAUACCAUUCUACCACAGGAAAGAAGUGUGACCAUACAUCUGGAAAAGAGGAGCUACGGAGGACUGAAGACCAGAUGGGGGACAGUGACAUGUGGAAAAGUGGUGCACGGAAGCUUCAUCAUUGUCAAUGUCGGCGAACCUCCCAUCAUUCGUCUGGUACCCGUGCAAGCGUGUAAGAAAGUGGUGUCGGUCUGUGGUCACGUGACGGGAACGCCAGCUGCUCAUGUGGUCAUCAAGAUCAAUAACAAGAAGAGAUCUCAGUUGAUUACUCUUAGCCAUGGCUCAUUUUGUAGCAACGUACGUCCAAGGGCUGAUAGCUUCACAUUGUCGGUUGUUGCCACUAACUGCUUUGGCCAAGUAACUAUGGCAGUAGUUGUCACACAAGAUCAACUCGGUUCCUGCCUAACUACCAACUUCUCAAAUACUCAUAUCAAUAAAAACGUUACAAAUUGUUUUAAAUACGACAAUCUCAGAGGACAAGGUCCGCCUGUAACUUGUGGAACACCCUCGACAACAACAACAACGCAGCAACAGACAAUCAAGCAAUCAGCAAAGAUAACACAGCAAUUCAAAACAGAACAGCCCAUGCAUUUUGCCACUGAAAGAUCUGCGAUCUUAACCACCAAAAGUAAAUCUGAAGUAUUUCCACCCGAAACAGAGCACACCACUAAAGCAACUGACGUUACUCAAAAGUACUCUACCUCUCAGAAGAGUGCACAGACUGUUAAACCACAGUCGACUCCAACUUCGACAAACACACAGCAGACUCAACAUUCCACAAAUGCUCCAAAUGUGUUGGAUUGUCCUGACAGGUCUCAAAUGCCUAAACAAGACAAAGACGACAAUCAGUAUCCUAAAGAAUUGAUCAUCGCUCUUGAUGCUACUGUAGGAGGUAUCUUGGUGACAGGAGUAAUUUUAAUACUGUUAUGUUUGCACAAACGAAAUCGAAGAGAGUGUAGAAAUGAUGAAAAUCAACAUAGCAGUUCAGAGAUGAGAACAAAAACGCCCAGCGAUCCAGCAAGAGAUUUGUCCAAACCAGAACCCGAUCUGUUUUCAGAAGACUACAACUCCGAGUCAACUGGCUUUCAUUCAGAGGAAGAACACACAAAAUCAACACGCAUUUAGCCACCCAGGCUAGACUAAAUUAAACUUUGUAAAAUCUUUCUUACCGUAACAAUAGUUAUUUAGGUAAUUAAUUAAUUCAUUGACUGUCUAUGAAUUCUCACACGCACUAUUUUUAAAGGGCGCAUGACUCCAACUAAACUGUCUUUGUUAGAUUUGUUUAGUGUUUGAUACUAUUGUUAGCUUCAAAAUUGGUUGAUUCAAAAUAGCAAAAUUAGUUUUGUGUGAGU